GCUCGAUUGUCCCCUGCAUCCUUUGAAUGGUACGGUCCGUUGCCUAGGUGCUAGUAGAAGCCAAUCCACUCCGCCACGCCUGUCCUCAGCACUUAGCUUUCUUGUCGCUUUUACCUUUUGAAAGGGGAACUCGAGGACAAGAGACGUUGUCAUGGAUGAAUUGCAUCAACAAUGGGAGUGAUGACAUUUGAGGAUAUGCUGAUCUUUGCCACAUCAAUGCAAACUGAGUUAUGUUCUAUAGGAUACCAUGUAGGCUAAAUUGUUGUUUGGAUCAGUACUUUCACCAUUGAGGAAAAAGUUCAUCAUUCACAGAUGCAGCUUCAUCAAACUUAAUGUAUGACCAUGGAUCACGAAGAGGUGUGGACAGAGCUGGACAAGAUUUCUAAGCGGCUUCAGGAGGAUGGCUUGCCUCCAGGGGCCAGUGUGGAGGAGCGGCAGCACCACCUCUGGCAGCAGCUGCUCGCCAGGGAGGCAAAUCUUCAGUCCGCCACCCAGGAGCUGCAGACCUUACGUACCCAGCAGGCCUGUGAGAUGAAGGAGGUGGAGAGCUAUGUUGCACAUAUUCGUGGGCUGCUGGAGGAGCGCGAGUGUCUGACUUCAGAGUAUGAGAAAGACAAUGACCACUUACGAGAAGAACUUCACCAGCUCAGACAACAACAAGAGAGUCAGAACAAGGAGAUGGCGGAGAUGUUGGCUCAGGAGGACCUCGGGGAGAUGGGCUUGAGCAGCCCCAGUGAGCAGGUGGCUUACUUGCUGGUGGAAAGAGCCACACUACUGGAAAGGCUGGAAGAUGCAGAGAGGAGACUGGAAAGUCAGAGUCUCACUGGGAACUUUAGGGAAGUCCACCACCAGGAGCAUAUUCGCCACACGAUGGGGGAGGAGCUAAGGCAACAGAGGGAGGAUAUGCAGAAAACCAUAGAUAACAUGACAAAGGCCCACAGUGAGCAGAUUUCCCAGGAGCAAAAUGAGCGCCAGCGGCUGGAGAGGGACCUUGAAGAGGCAUCUAGGAGGCUGGCAAUGGCUCAUCAGGAUAUCCGCAGACUCACCAAUGAGCUGGAUGCUGCCAAAACCAACAAUCUAGACCCAAGUGGAUCUGAGCUUCAGGGAACGGUCCAAGAAGUAGAGAACCUGAGGAAGGAAGUGGACAAACUGAAACACUGUGAUAAGAUGAAGCUGCAGCGAGCCAAAGAGCAAAAUGACAGACUAGAUGUUGAGAACAUCGCUCUGAGGGAGAGAGUCCGCACUUUAGAGUCCGAGAAGAAAAACCUCUCGGAUCAGGUGACAGUAAAGGACGCAGAUGAAGAUGUUGUAACCAAAGACGAUCAAAAGAACAAGAGCAUUAGCAGUGAACCACACAACAGUCUGUCUGGCUCGUCAACCCAAGAAAAGGAUUACAUUCACAAACGUUGUCAUGAGGCGAUGGAAGACGGACUUGUACAGAUGAGGGAGCUAAAACGGCAACUCCAGAGGCUACGCAAGGAACAGGAAGAGCUGGAGGAAAGGAAUGAGGAGCUGGAAGCACUGCUAGGGGAGGCCCAGAAUGCCAGCAAGGGGGAGAGGCAUCGCCAUGAGGGAGAACUGGAGGGACUGCACAGGAGGAUCAAAGGGCUGGAGGCAGAGCUGAAGAAGCAGGAUGUCCAAGAAAAAAUGUUGAAGAACGGAGAAGAGGUCAAAGGCACUGAGUCCUAUUUACAUCUGCACCUAAGGGACAGCAGCCUGGAGAGACUGGCUCUACUAGAGGCUCGUCUGACCGAGGAGAAGGACUGGAGGAAACAGCUGGAGGUUGACCUCAGUGCUGCCCAGGCCGCCCUCAAAAAAGACAAGGAGGCUUUGCAGAUAAGUGAGCGAGAGCUGAAGAAGCUGAGACUUGAGGUCAAAAGCCUUCAGACAGAUUGCCAACAAGGGAAAACGCUCAUCAAGAGCCUCACACAAGUAAAGGGGGAGAAAGCCGUUCUGGAGGAAAAGGUGGCCCAGAUGGAGCGUGCCCACAGCCGGCUCCAGAGCGAUUUGGAACACUACAAAGACAGUAACCGGACCCAGGAGGACAAAAGGGAAAACAGGCUUCAGGUUGACCAGCUGCAGGAGCAGGCUGACCGGCGCACUGCUGAACUCAGCAGCCUCCAGACAGCACACACCGCUUUGAGGGAGGAGAUGGUUUCUGAGCACCUGCAGACUGUCGAGCUCCAGGCCAAGCUGAGCUCUAGUGUCUUAGAGAAGCUGACAGUUGAGGGGGAAAGAGAGAGACUGGAGCUCCAGAUCCAGCGCCUCAAAGAGCAGCUCAAGUGGCAUCAAGAGCAGCUCACUUCAACAAAGGAAGCACUUAUUAGCAGCCAGAAGCCUGAACUGCACACAGCUCAUAUACAAUCUAGGCUUAGUCCAGUGGAGAGGACCAAGGAUGAGGAACAGCUUUCAUGUGUCACCCAGGAGCUGAAUCAUCUGCAGACCAAGCUUGGGGAGGAGCAGCAGCUGGCCUCUCAGCACCAACUGGCCCUGCAGGCUCAAGUCAAUGAAGCCCAGGCACACAUCAAGUCCCAGGACUCGGUGCUGAGCCAGAAGGCAGAGGAGGCUAAACAGAUGAAGCAGGACCUGCAGAGGGCCCAGAGCCUGUUCACCUCAGCAGAGCGAGAGCUGCGCUACGAGAAGGAAAAGAACAUGGACCUGAAGAGACACAACACCCUGCUGGACCAGGAAAAACUCAAGCUUUGUGCAGAGCUAAAGCAGAUCCAGACCAAGCUGGUCCAGGUGGAGCAGAGCUUACACACGCAGGUGGCCGAGUGUGAACGUCGGCAGCAGAAAAUCAGGGAACUGGAGUUGGAUCUGGCGCGUAACUCCACAAACCGCAGCGCCACCACCAGUCUGCAGGAGGACCUGCAGGCCGAGAGGGCGCGGCUCAUUGCUGCUGACAAGAAGGUGUUGGAGCUACAGCAGCAGCUAAAGAGUGCCCAGCACCAGCUGCGUGUGGAAGAAGCCCGGGCUGGCGAGAGCAGCCGCCUGGAGAGGGACAGCAGAGAUCUGUCUGACACCUUGUCAGCCCUGAGAGCCCAGCAGCAGGAGGAGCACAUCACCAGGAAGCUGUUAGAGCAGCGUGAGGAGGAGCUGCAGCAGCAGGUGCGCACCCUGAGGCUGAAGGAGGCCUCCAUCACGAGGACAAACGCAGAGCUCAGCCACCGUGCCCAGCAGCUGGACACCCGCCUAGCAAUACUGGAGGCUGAGCUUAGCAAGGCCAGAGAGGAGGCGAGAGACAGUCACAAGUCAAGCCACAGACUGCAGGAGGAGUUGAUGGCCAGUCAGCAGGACUGUGACAAACUGCACGGGGAGCUGCAGCAAAUCCUCCUCCAAAUGGACACAUACGUCAGGAAGUACAACGAAAAGCAGAGUCAGCACAAGACCAAGCUGCGCCAGGCCAAGCAGGUCUUUCUCAAGGAGACCGCACAGAGGGACCGCAUCAUCCAGAAACUGGAGAACGACCUGAUGCUGGCCUCCAGCCUCUCACACAAGGAGAAGGAGAGGAUCCAUACAGUGACGGAGGAAAACGAGAAGCUUUUGGAGGAGAAGAGGGACCUGUUGUGUAAGAUGAGCGAGGCGGAGGACAUGGGCAGCAAAGGCAUGAGGACUGCUUCCACUGUCCAACACAGGGUCAACGUCUUAGAAGUGGAAAACAGACAACUUCAGGAUCGAACCCUGAAGCUCUCCAACCAAGUCAGUUCCUUAGAGCGAGCCCUGAGGAACGUCCAAUCGUUCUACAGCCUGGAGAAUGUAAAGAAAGUGCUCCCCUCUGAAAGCCUCUGCGACGCCUUCCCACAUACACCUACGCUAAGUCUGACGUCCGGUUCGUGUGACACACUGGACAUCCUGGAUGCAAUCUGCCGUGUGAAGGUGGGCGGCACUCGAGUGUCUGUCUCCACACACCAACCAUCAGAGCAGGGCUACCUGAAUCUCACCUCCCCAUUGGUUCCUCCAGACAUCAAAGGCACAGCGGGGAGCUCUAAUAACAGUAACUAGAACUCGAGAGGAGCCACAUCAUGACGUCACCUUGUACACGGCUGCUUUUCCCGGCAAUGCCAGCGUGAAUUUCCCUC